AUGUCCAGAAUAUACAAUGACUCGUUCGUUUUCUGCUCUUCGGCAGAUGCUCCGCCAGACGUAACUGCUAUCGACUUCAACCAAGUCUACCCCCUCGCUUCGCUUCACUUCUGUCCCAACUGCCAGACUCCCAAAUCUCCAAUCCAGUAUAGUUACAACAUUGAAUCCAAAUUCUGCUCCAAUUGUCUAGCAGAUCAUUCAGUGUCCUCGGCCAGCUUCUGUCUGAAAAACUGCUUCGAUUGUCCCUCAUGUGGAACCAUUCUAACCAUAACAAUAUCUGAUCACAAUGGACAAGGCAAGCUGUUCAACUUCAAAUGUCCGUAUUGCACUUUUAUUUAUAAGACAAACGUUAUUGAAAAACCAAAAUCACUUCAUACCAUCAUCAGACUCGAAAGAAAAGACAACCCUGACAAGAAGCAUGCAUUAUUCCGCCAAAUACAAACGAGGCUAGCAGAACCAAAUAAGUCGUCGAAAGAGAUCAACCAGAGGCAGUUGGAGAAUCUUUCUUUGGGUAAGAAAGAAACAGAAAAAAUCGAUGAUUUUGAUGUGCAAGAAUCAGAUAAAGAUAUAUCAGAUAUCGCAAAUCUCGAAAAUAUACUAUCUUCAACAUUUCCAACCAUUUCUUCCACAACAAAGCUAUUUCCAAAGACACAUAGGCUUUCUUCAAAAGUUUCAAAGAAAUGCCUUGCUUGUAAUACUAUUCUCCAAAUGCCGGCAUUAAUUCCAAAUUCACCAACGGUAUACAAGUUCUCCUCCAAAUUCAAUGCUGUAGAUUAUCUACCAACAUUGAAGAUCGCCGACGCACCAACUAAUAUCUUGAAUAUAGACGAACAAUACAAUAUUGUGCUAAACAUCAUAAAUCCAUUGCAAACGAAAAUGACAGUUUCCUUAGCGUCGCCAGCUCAGCUUCCUGCAAAUUGUGUAUAUCCUGCUUCGAACAGCAAAUUCACAAUCAGCAUUCCUUUAACGAAGUUCACGAUUGGAAAUGCCGUUUCCAAGAAUAUCUUGAAAGGUAUCCCAACUUCGAUCUUGACUUCAAAUACUGCCGUUUCUCGUUCUGAGAAACUGAAGAGAAUAGGGGAGUCUGCGCUUGCUGUAGAUCAAUUCGACGUGGACAAAUUGGUGCAAAAGGGAGCCAACUGGUAUAGCGUGCCUAUUGCGCUCACCAUAGAAACUGGAAGCUGUAGCGAUAUCGAGCAUGAGAUCAAAAUCCCCUUGUACAUUAAAAUCAAUUCCGAUAUUCCAGAUAACCUUCUUCUGGUCUCUAGAAGAGAAAAAUUGGCAUUGGGGUACUGGAAUAUUGUUACACUAGGAAAGUAUAGAAUUAUAGAAUAG